AUGCCUUUACCAAGAGUCAUGGGUGACAUGGUAUUGUUACCAAAUGGCAAAGUGUUGAUCAUCAAUGGGGCAUCUAUGGGUACAGCAGCGUGGGAAUUAGGUCGGAACCCAGUUUUGUCACCAGUUAUUUACAAACCUGACAAUCUAAGUGGAUCAAGAUUUGAAGUACAGAACUCUAGUUCUACGCCGCGAAUGUAUCACUCAACCGCAAUAUUGCUUCGUGAUGGCCGGGUUUUGGUCGGUGGUAGCAAUCCUCAUCAAUAUGACUGUUUCAUGGGAGUUCAAUUUCCUACAGAUUUAACCUUGGAAGCAUUUUCACCUGCGUAUUUAGAUCCAAAUUUUGCGUGGUUGCGUCCAAAUAUAAUUUCACCUGCUUCACAAUCUAAUAUGGGGUAUGGACAACAACUUGCUGUUCGGUUCGGUAUACCUCCAGGCAGAUUAAAUAGGAAUUCCGUCAUAGUGACAAGAAUUUUGCUGAAUGUCCCGGCUCAGUGA